AUGUACGUUGACGAACAAAUGCGAGACAGACUCGAUGAGGCGGUGUCGUCGACGAACGCGCGGAACUUCAUCGAUUCGCUUCCUGUAUGUAUUCCCGGAAUCGUCGCCGCGGUAUUGUCAGCCAUUGUAUUCGCAAGACUUCGACAGACAUCACUGGAAGUUCUUCUUUGUGGACUCUCCCUAUUUGACGUGAUACUUUUAACCUCGUCGAUAAUGAUCUACCCGUCAAUGAACGAAUGCUCAAGAAUUCACGAGCCGGUGGAAAGGCAUCAAAGCCUUGUUUGUCAUUUCUUUUGGAGAUCAACAGUAUCCAUUUUUCCAUUAUCGUUAAUUGCACAAGCUGGCUCUGUUUGGACAUAUGUGGCAGUUACGGUAGAUCGGUUUAUAGCCGUUUCGUUCCCAUUAAAGAAGCGGGUUUGGUCAACGAGGUCGACAUCGACAACCGUGCUCAUUUGCAUUACAGUUAUUAGCGCAAUUUUUAAGCUUCCCUCAUUUUUCGAAGUGAAACUCGAUGAAAAUGGGGAAGUUGGUCCAACGGAACUUCGCAAAAAUCCGUUCUACAUUGAAUUUUAUUUGUUCUAUUUGUAUGUAGCACUUAUUCAAAUUAUUCCAUGGACUCUAAUCAUUUUUCUGAAUGCUAUAGUUAUUCAUAAGGUUCGUCUUGCUUACCGAUCUCAAGAAACGAUGGUUCUCAAAUCGAAUGCUCCACGGGCAAAACGAGAAGAUGCUGAAAGAAAGGUUACUGUAAUGGCAACUGUAAUGACGGGAAUCUUCAUUAUUUGCAACAUUCCUCCUGGAAUCAAUUAUUUGGUGGAUCGAUUCAGUGAGAAAUCAGUGUAUCGUCAACGGAUUCCAUUGUCGAAUCUGCUUGUUUGCGUGAAUAGUGCUUCGAAUAUGAUGAUAUAUUGUGUUUUCAAUAGUCGAUUCCGAAACGCAGCCCUAAAAUUGAUAGGUCUUCGACGGGAUAUUAAUAAUCGAAAUGGAAGUUUGACGAAUCGAACAGCAAGGGAAGAAACUCUGGGAAUUCUAAAAUCACGUGCAGGAACUUUUGACAACAUUUCAACUAAAUCCGCUCCAACACCUUGCUAA